GAGAGAAAGAGAGAGAGAGGGAUAAAAAUAUGUUCUAUCUUUCUUUAUCUUUUUCCGUUUCGCAUAUCUAUGAAUACACAACUACUGCUAUUCGUAUUACAACUACUAGAAGACUACGACAAUUGUGACGAUUACGUUGAUGACUACUUUGACGAUGACUACUUUGACUACUUUGACGACGACGACGACAACGACAACAACUAGGACGAUGAUUUUGUUAAUCACGCGUUCUAUGUCAAAACGGUCGGGAAAAACGGAAGAACGUUAUCUCUCUUAGUAAAGAAUCAUAUGACUCCCUCUAAUCGCACGUGACUUUAUUUACAGUUUACUUACACUCGCUCGGCUUUAACAUGCAUGGUGCAGUUAUUUGUGACAUGAUACCAAUUAAAUACAAAUUUAACGUGGAACGCGUUAAAAGACGAUUGGGAAUUAUUUUUACCUUAUAAUGUCUUUGUUCGGUAAAUUAAAUCUUUUGAGGAAACAUUGCAAAGACAAUAAUAUUAAUAAUAAUAAUAAUAAUAAUAAGUCUAACGAAAUUGACGAUAAAAUUACUACAACUACAACUACAACUACAACUACAACUACAAAUACAACUACUACGUCUACGAAAACAACCAAUAAUACGACAAAGAAGAAUACCAACAACGAUAGAGAACCAACAUUAUGUCUUGGUACGGAACAAGUGAGGAUUUUGUUAUUUCAAGAAUGCGAGUGGCGUGGAAGAAGGGUACUUUUCGAUUCUCUCAAAUUGGAGAAUCGACGUACCAAAAAUGCAACCUCUACUACUGGCACGAAAGAAAAAACAGCCGAGGAUACUACGAGCUCAUUAAGUGAAAUGGUUUUUGGUACGGUUGCAAUGACUUAUAAAGGAUCAUCAUUUAAGGUACAUUCGAUGAAAUCACCGGCAUGCAUCAUUUGUACAAAAGUAUUCCCUGUUACGGAACACAACGGGCCUAAGCAGAAUGAAAGGUUCUCGGAUGGUACAUUAACGCGUUGUUCAACACACGUGGAUUCUAAUACAAGUAAUAGCAGUAUAAAAACAUCUAUAUCACGUCCAAGUUCUGGUAAUGUGUCAUCGUCUAAUGAUUUAUUACCGGAUCCGAGAAAAAAUUCAUCGUGUUCUAGCAACGGUAGCAGUUGGGACAUGGAAACUCAAUUGCAUAUGGGAAGUUCUCAAUCGUUAGAGAGCAGUGGGUCUUCCGGUGUAGGAAGUAGUUUAUCAAGUUUACGUCGUAAAUGGUUGAGAGCAGUUUCCACUUCUUUGAGUAGAUCUGAUUCCGACGAUAUAUUUGGUAUACAACAAUAUGGUGACAAUAAUAGCGAGGGUGGUGGUGACAAACAUUACAGAAGUAGGCUUGGAUUAAUGAUGUUAGUUCGUUUAACUCAAGGACAAGAAAGGAGAAUAGAAACGAGAUUGUUAGAACAUAUGACCCUAUUGGAAGGAAUGUUGGAUCGUUUAAGAUAUUUUUGUAUCGAACGUAACGGUUUCAAAUAUAAAACUAAUCGUAAAUUAAUCGAUCCGGCAGAUAGAAUGUAUCGUGCAUCCUAUCGUUUUAUAAUUUCCCUAUUACGAUUAUUAAUUAAUCCGAAUUAUUGUCGACCACCAUUAUUGUGGCACGACGUUCUACUUAAUUCUGUGAUAACUUUGGAAAUGAAUUCCAAUAUAUUGCAACGUGGUUUACAACAGAUGUGUCAAUUGUUGGACGACGUUGAUACCAAAUCGACAAAUUUUUUUUUGAGUACUGUUGUGACUGCGGUGUUGAUGUAUCAUCUUGGUUGGGUUUACACUAUACUUCCUGCAAACGAUCGACAAACGAUGGAAAAUUUGGGUAAAUGGUAUCCAUGUAAUCCAUUAUGGGCACAAUUAGGUGAUUUGUACGGUGCUAUGGGUAAUCCAAUAAAAGUAACACACACCCUCGUGGUUGGUGAUUCACGUAAAAGCGAUUUAAUCAAUUCGGUAUUAUAUUUUCUAACAUAUUUCAUUCGUAGUGGAAUAGUACAUAAACAACAAGAAUAUCGGUGUGCAAUAGAAGACGAUAUAAAAGAGGCUACUAAUUUUUUGGAACAAAUGAAAAUAAAACGACCACAUUUGUUCGAUUAUACAAAAGCAAGAAAUAAUAUAACAAACGAUAGUAAUCGAAAUAAUACGGUAAAGAUGAUUAAACGUGAAACGCGAGUGCCGAUACGUAAACAAACUCAAACGUUAAAUCAAAUGCAAGUACGUGUUAACGAUAGUGCUACGAUAAAUGAACAAUUGCACGUUGAUGAACGUACGAGAUCAGAAUCCAACGUAGAACGAUGUAGGUCAACCGAAACGUCAAUACGUUCUCUCAAACGUAGUACAACUAUGAAAGUUGCAUUAGAUCAAUAUAUGUUGAAAUCAAACGACGAAUCAUCAUUACAUGAAUCGACAACGCCAAUAUCAAAAUCAUUAUCUACGAUACAAGAUGAAACAAUUGACGAGGAAAAGGUUAAACCAAUUACUACGAAUGUUAAUCAAAAUUAUAUUCAAAGUAAAGUGAAAAUAAUUGUUAACGAGAUAGAUUCGAAUACGAUUGAUGAAGAAAUUACGUGUAACGUUGAUAAUCAAAGACAAUUUGAUGUAGAAAAUGUAACAAAUAUCAAUAAAAAUGAUGAAUUUAAAGAUAAUACAAAUGCAUCAUCGUUUAAACGAAUAUCUAUAGAAGAAGAAGACGAAGAAGAAGAACAAGAAGAAGAAUGUAAAAGUAAGAACGAUAAUGGUGGUAUUAACAACAACAACAACAACAACAACAACAACAAUAACGACAAAUCUACUACUACUACUAUUAAUCAAACAGAUUUUCUUAGAUUAUAUGAUAAUAAUUUUAUCGAAGAAAAUAAACGUCAAGAACAGGUAUAUUUUACAUUAGGUUGCGAGGAUAAACCUAAUAAAUAUAUUUCACGUCCAAGACUCGGUUACAAUUGUCAAUGUUCUUAUAUGUUUACCACGUUACCAAGUACAUCGGCACAAUUACCGGAAAAUGUAUUGAGAAAAAUAAUUCAAAGAAAUUUUCCCGAAUCAUCGAAAAGUAUGGAAGCAUCGUCUGGUACAAUGUCAAGUAUGGAAUCUAAUAUGGAAUCUAAAUCAACACGUAUUUGUCCUAGAUGUCAUAAUCAAAGUAAUACAUCGUCACAAACUUAUAAUGGUAUGAAAGAAUUAUUGGAAACACCGACUAAUGCUACCGAAGUAUUACGUACUUGUGUUAACGCUGAUAGAACCGUUGCUAUGUCUCGUUCUAAUAGUUUGGAAACAUUGAUGGAAGCAAACAGUGUUAUAGAAUUACCUAUGCCACGAUCUAAACUAGUCUCUUCCAAACAAGUUAAUAAUUCUAACGAAGAAACGGGAUUUAAUAAAACACUAUUACAAACUAAAGUAUCAAAUACAAGACAAACUAACAACGGUAAUUGGUCAACCAAUUAUACUUGGGGUUUGGUUAUACAAGGUUUAAUAAAGAAAGAUAAAAAAAGACGAAAACGUCGUAAAGAUAAAACGGAAGAAAAAGAAGAAGAAGAACAACAACAACAACAACAAAAAGAACAAAAAGACCAACAAAUUAUCGAAUCGGAUAUAGAAGAUGAUUGGUGGUGUUGCGUACGUGAAGAAGUUGCAGCAGGAGUACGUUUUCCUACGAUUGAUGAACCAGUAGCCGAAGCUGUUUGUAUUUUAGCAGAUUUAGAUACCUGGCACGUUGGAAUUUUAUCUAAUAACACGCCAUCGGAAGGGCCACCUUUACCUGUUGGCAUGUCACGUUUAGUUGCCAAUAUGUUGGAAGCAUUUUCUUAUGUUUGGCGCAAAUAUCAUUCACCGUUACACUGUGUCGAUAUAUUGGAAUCAAAAUUGCGGGAAAUGUGGUUGAGAAGCGAGGCACUUGCUCAAAUGUUGAUGACAGCGGAUGUAUGCGACGUUAGUGUAGCAGCAUUAACAAACGCACUUGAUCUCGAUGCUGCUGAUAUUCCACUAUUAUUAGCAGUAGCUACAACUCAUUCACCGGAAAUCGCGCAACGAUUUGGUCUCACGCUCGUUUAAAUAAUAAACGACUGGUCCCUACCCAUCUCCCUUAUACUUUUUGUUGCAUACCAAAAACGUGUUGUCAUUGUAUUGUCCUUUUGUAAUUCCCUUGAUGAAGAAAGUUAGAUAAAAUCGUUUGGGGAUUUGCUGUACAACUGCAACAGUGCAACAACAACAACAA